AUGGCUGAGGACGAAGGUACCAUCAUCAAGUCCCUGACAUCGGUUCAGCUGCCAAUGGAACCUGCAUGUCUUGAGUUCUGCCCCGCCCGCCCAGAGUACCUGAUCAUUGGUUCGUGGCACCUCAUCAAGGAUGACCACCAUGAUGGCAUCCAAGCACGUGAAAAAGACGAAGGUGAUGACCCAGCAGGUUCCAACCAAGGGGCUGCCUGCAACGAGAAACAGAGGCACAUGGGCCGGGUAGACCUUUACCGAAUUCAGGGGGAACAAGUUGACCUGGUCCAGACAGACGAGCACCCGGAAUCCGCAAUCUGGGACGUCCAGUUCCAAAGGCACGACGGCCGCGCAGACGUCUUUGCCGCAGGCUCCAGCGCAGGCACCGUCUCCAUAUACAAGGUGUUGGCGCCCUCGCCCGCAGACGACCCCAACACCGCGCUACGCAAGCUCUCUGUUGUUGGGCCCAUCACUGCAGGCGACGGCGACGAUGGCGAGGUCAUGAUCACAAAGUGCUGCUGGCACCCGACUAUCCCCGACCUGCUCGCCGUAUCCACCCUGGCCGGGGAGGUCCACCUCAUCUGGCUCGACGGCAAAGACGACUGCUUCACUACACUAUCCGUGACUAGGGUGUCUGCGCUGGCGCACACAGAGCCGGCCUGGACCGUGGCCCUCAGCCCCCAGGUCACCACUCUGGAGGGGACCAAUGACCGCGUCUUCACCGUGUACUCUGGGGGCGACGACAUGGCGUUCCGGUACGCCUCGGUGGCGAUGGGCGCUGUAGGAUAUCCCGCCGAGGGUGCUGCCGCGACGCCAAGGACCUUCGACGAUGCGCUGUUCAGCCCAGCCAAGAAAUCGUGGCAUAUGGCCGGCGUCGUCUCCAUCCUCCCGCUGCCCAUCACGCUCCCCUCGGACGGCUCGCAGAUCGUGGUCACGGGUAGCUACGAUGACCACGUCCGCGUCUGCGCCGUCAGGCCGCUCCACGAGACACACGGCUUGGCCACCGCCCGCGUCCUCGCGGAGCUGCACCUCGGCGGCGGCGCUUGGCGGUUGAGGGUGAUGGAGAUGGUUGCAAAUCCCGGCGGGAGUUCUUGGAGGCUAAGGAUCCUCGCGCCCUGCAUGAGUGUGGGCAGCAGAAUGCUCGAGAUCUGCGGCGCGGACGACAGGCAGGAUUGGACCAUCAGGGUCCUGGGCAGUUGGUGCGACGAGGCUGCUGGGGCUAGUAACAUGCUGAACUAUGGUUCUGACGUCCAGCCUCGGCGGGUGGAUGCUGAUGACGAAAGGUUCACAUGUGUAUCAUCAAGUUUUUAUGGCAAGAUGCUAUAUUUGUGGAGGUUUUGA